UUUUCUUCGCUCAUUCACUUUGCGGUGCCCUUGUUCUUAAUCUCGGGCGGCUGCUAGCUCUUUUAUCUCCGCAUUGCAAUCCGAUUGCUGCAGUAGUUUCAUCGGAAUCAACUCAAUCUCCGUUGUUCGUUUGUUCAUCCGAAACAGUUGCAGAGCUUGUUUCGUCUCUUCAUUCGCGCCGCUCACUGUCGACCAUUGUUUCUGUCCCUCGCACGCGUAACAGUUAGGAUGCCCAAGGAGGAGAGCUUUGAAGUUAAUUUAACAACUGAUUGUAGCCCGGAAUCUAGUAAGAAAUUAAAGGGAAGUAAAAAGAAGAAGAAGCAGUUAUUGGUGGAAGGUGUAGAUGUCAUGGAAAGGAAUGUGGAAGGAUCUGUUGAGCUGUGGGAAAGCAACAUAAACUCUGAAGUGAAAAAUAAGAAAAAGAGAAAGAAGAGUACUAAACAAUGUGUAGUGGAGAACUCUAUCCAGGCUGAGGCAGGAGAAUAUGAAAUUAAAGCAGAGAGAUCUGUGAAAGAGGGCAGUCCUUUGUCUGAUGGUGGAAGUGAGAAAAAUGAAAUUCUUGAGGAGAGGCAAUUUGCGUUCGAAGAUGAUGAGAAUGAAAGGGCAGACAGCAUAGUUAGAGAAACAUCUGGAGAGAAGAUUUUAGAGUCUAACAAUGGUAAAACAGAUCAAAGGAAUAUGAAGAGGAAGAAACGACUCUUAAAGGAAGUUGCAAAUGCGGACAUGCGUGGAAUUUGUUACUUGAGCCGUGUUCCUCCACAUAUGGAUCCUUUGAAACUUCGUCAGAUCCUCUCACAGUAUGGGGAAAUACAAAGAAUUUAUCUUGCACCCGAAGACGCUGCAAAUCAAGUAAAACGAAAGCGUGCAGGAGGGUUUCGAGGACAAUUUUUUUCAGAAGGAUGGGUUGAAUUUACUGAUAAAAGAGUUGCCAAGAAGGUGGCUAAUACGUUAAAUGGCGAACAAAUAGGAGGAAGGAAGAGGUCAUCUUUCUACUAUGAUCUCUGGAAUAUCAAAUAUUUGAGUAAAUUCAAGUGGGAUGAUCUUACUGAAGAAACUGCUUACAAGCAUGCCAUUCGGGAGCAGAAAAUGGCUUUAGAAAUUUCUGCCGCUAAGAGGGAGAGGGAUUUCUAUCUUUCUAAAGUUGAUAAAUCUCGAGCAUUGAAAUCCAUUGAAGAACGGCUAAAGAAGAAGCAGAAUUUGCGAGAAGAUUCAGAAAUGAAUUCUGAACUUGCUGAUAGCCAGAAACUCCCAAAACUGAUCCGCAACUUCCCACAAACACAACCAGUUGCAAAUUCUGCAGUACAAGACAAACCAAAACUAUCUACAAAUUUCCUUGCUGGGGUGUUUGGAGGUUCCUAGUCCUCCAAUUUCCGAAUGCUAGUAAAGAGAUGUACGCCGAGGGGUUUACUACGUAGGGACACUAUGGCCUUUUGGUAGGCAGAGCCAAUCAAAUCUUUGACAUAUCAAUUUAUUUGUGGAUGCAAGAAUGUGGAGGAGUUGUUGUAGCAUUCUAUAUUUGAAGCAAUUCUUUUUGCAUUUCAUAAUUUGUGAAGCAUAUAGGUCCAUCUAUUUAUUUGUGGAUGUUAGUAUUUA